ACAGUCGCCAUCGGUGUGAAGUAUCUAAAGAUUAGAAAAUAAUCCGCUGUUUAAUCAUUUACGGUCUGAUUUCAUUUCGCACCUUCUAGUACAGAGUAAAUCCGAUCGCAAAACAUCGGACUGUUCUUUUCCCUCACUUGUAUAAUCAGAUGUGAAGUAAAAAAAGUGUGCGGAGUUUGGCCCAGGCGCUCCGUUCCGUCAGCAUUAGCGUUAGCAUUAGCCGUCUGAGGUGAUUGUCGUUAGCAUUAGCAUUAGCUCUUGUACAGUCGCGGGUGUUCGUGCUCUCUUCAGCCGGCUGCACUCGCACUCACACCGGCUUCAUUAGAGAUGUUCAUCGAGAACCUGGAGGCUCUGAAAUCAUGGCUCUCCAAAACACUCGAACCGAUAUGUGAUGCUGACCCCUCCGCCCUCGCUAAAUACGUGGUGGCCCUGGUGAAGAAGGACAAGUCCGAGAAGGAGCUGAAGGCGCUAUGCAUAGACCAGCUGGACGUGUUCCUGCAGAAAGAGACCCAGACGUUCGUGGAUAAACUCUUCGAGGCCGUGAACUCCAAGAGCUACCUGCCCCAGCCCGAUCAUCCGAGCCCGGCGGGCAAGACCGAGACCGACGCGCGACCAGAAAAAGACCAGCAGAGGAAAGAGGAGGCUGUGAACCGUAAUGAUGAGCGUGAGAAGAAGUUCUCCAGGAGAGUGAACCACAGCCCUCAGCCCGGCUCCCGCUACAGCCGGGACAGCAGGAGGAGCGACGAGCGCAAGAAGGACGAGCGCUUCCGGAAGCGCGAGUACGAGCGCCUCCCGCCCAGGCGCGACUCCUACCGCGAGCGCUACAACCGGCGCAGGGGGCGGAGCUACAGCCGGAGCCGCAGUCGCAGCUGGAGUAAAGAGAGAGCGCGCGACCGAGAGAGAGAGCGCGAGAGAGUGCGGGAGCGGGAGCGCAGCAGGACUCGCUCUCGCAGCCCCUCCAGGAGCAGAGAGAGGGAGUCCGGCAAACCGAAGUACGACCACGAACGGCCUGAGGGCGGAGCCAGCGAGGGAUACGUGGCCCCGCCCCUCGCCACAGUACCUGCCUCCUCCCACUUCCCCGUGCCCGCCCUCAGCAGCACCAUCACCGUCAUCGCUCCCACUCACCAUGGCAACAGCACCACUGAGAGCUGGUCCGACUUCCAGCCGGACCACGCCCCCUACGGGAGAGGAGCCCCGCCCCCUCCGCGCAAACGCUGCCGCGACUACGACGAGAAGGGGCUCUGCAUGCGGGGUGACAUGUGCCCCUUCGACCACGGCAGCGACCCGGUGGUGGUGGAGGCCAACCUACCCAGCAUCCUCCCCUUCCCUCCUCCAGGUGUGGACGGUCCACCCCCUCCGAGACUGCCACCCCCACCCUCACUCCUCCCACCCCCGCCGGUCAACCUCCGACCCCCCGGACCACCGGGUUCCCUUCCACCUGUAGCAGGUCCUCCUCCACCCCUCCCGGCACUGGACCCUCCUCCAAACUCCAUGACCGGCUCCGUCCCCUCCAUCGUGUCCUCCUCUCGGCCGCUCCUUCCUCAUCCUCCUCUUCACCUGGUCACGCCGGGGGUUCGCCCCCCGCUCGCCCAGCCCCCGCCCCGGUACCCCUCAGAUUCGUUUGAGUCGGACAUGUAUAACCCAGAAGCUCCCAGCAUGACCUCUCGACCUCCGUACAGACCCCGGGUUCACGUACAGAGACCCAACCUCAUCGGCCUGACCAUGGGAGAACCGGAUCUUCCCCCGCGAGACAAACCGCCGAACAGCAAUAACGCUCGGAUCGUUUUGGAUUCGGACUCCAGGAAGAGAGGGGCGGGGCCUCACGACGGGGGAGUCCUUCCCAAAAGACCCUGGUUUGAUAAUUUAGGCUUCACUCCUGGUUCCAGGCCGAACUACAGCAGGAUGAACCAUCACGGAUACCAGAAGAAGGUUCCUCCACCGCUGCCCAACACCAAGCUCUCCGUCACGCACGUCCCAGCCGAGCUCAACAGCAUCAGCAAGCUCAACCAGCACUUCAGCAAGUUCGGCAAAAUCGUCAACCUGCAGGUGGCCUAUAAUAAGGACCCCCAGAGCGCCCUGAUCCAGUUCGAGACCCCGGAGGAAGCGAGGCGCGCUAUACAGAGCACCGAGGCCGUCCUCAACAACCGCUUCAUCAGAGUGUACUGGCACCGAGACCAGGAGACGACCAUCACACUCACACACACACCACCCACACUGAACAUACAGCAGCCUGAAGCCACCAGUCUGAAACAGUCAGUGAAGGAUCGCCUCGGACCGUUACCCUCCCGCAGCACGGAGCCCCUGCAGGACGCCACGUCACCGUCACAGUCGUCUCAGAGUGCAGCUCGCUCGGUGAAGCAGCGCCUGGGCUUCUCUAAACCCGCAGCUCCGGGAGGAAAGGUCUUCUCCACGUCCACCGGACUCACCAAGACCUUCUACAACCCGGCGGCCGUUACGCCCGGGCAGAAGGUGGCGGCGGUCGGCAAGGCGCCCGGCACCGAUGAGGCGCUGAAGAAGAAGCAGGAGGCGCUGAAGCUUCAGCAGGACGUGAGGAAGAAGAAGCAGGAGAUUCUGGAGAAGCACAUCGAGACUCAGAAGCUGCUCAUCUCCAAGCUGGAGAAGAACAGGUUGAUGAGAGCCGAGGAUAAAGCUCAGCUGAUGCAGACGCUCACCACCCUCACCAACAGCAUCAGCAACCUGCAGCAGGAGAUCAAGUGUCUCUCACACACACAGCUGCCAAUCCACCCUCCGCACGCCUGUAUCAAGAGUAAAGCUCAGGCUCAGAAGGAACUGCUGGACACCGAGCUGGACCUGUAUAAGAAGACUCAGGCUGGAGAGGACACGGCUCAGCUGAAGCUCAGAUACACACGGCUACAGCUGGAGGCGGCUAAGCGGGGCAUUCUGACCUCUGGUCGUGGGAGGGGGACCCACGCCCGGGGUCGAGGCUCGGCGCGCGGCAGAGGCAUCAGGGGCCGGCCGAGAGGGGCCCCGACCCACGCCGUGGUGGAUCAUCGACCCCGCGCGCUGGUGAUCGGCGGCUUCGCCGAGGCCGACCGGGUCGACCUGCUGCCACACUUUGCGCAAUUCGGCGAGAUCGAGGACUGUCAGAUGAACGACUCCAGUCUCAGCGCCAUCAUCACCUUCAGAACCCGAACAGAGGCAGAACAGGCGGCCGUUCACGGGGUGCGGCUGAACCAUCAGGUCCUGCGUCUCUCCUGGUUCAAACCGGCCGCCGCCCUGAGCAGCGGAGAUCCAGACGAAGCGGAACCGGAGGAGGACGAGGUCAGUACAUUCAGCGCCGCAUAAACACACACGGGUCAACAUG